UUGAAGAGUAGAAGCAGAAGAUGGAAUGGAGAAAAUGCUAUCUGGACGUGAUAUUAGUGCCUCUGGGAUUAGCGGCGUGUUUGGCUUACCAUUUAUACUUAUGGCAUAUGGUCCGUACGCACCCCUUCUCUACCAUCAUCGGAACCAACUCUCGUGGCCGUCGAUUUUGGGUCUCUGCCAUGAUCAAGGAGAACGAUAAGAAAAACGUGUUGGCCGUACAGACCUUGAGGAACACGAUAAUGGGGUGCACGCUAAUGGCGACGACCUCCAUCCUCCUCAGCUCCGCCCUCGCCGCCGUCAUCAGCAGCACCUACAGCGUCAAAAAGCCUCUCAACGACGCCGUCUACGGAGCUCACGGCGAGUUCAUGACGGCGCUCAAAUACGUCACUCUCCUCGCCUUCUUCCUCGCCGCCUUCCUCUGCUACUCUCUCUCCAUCCGAUUCAUCAAUCAGGUCAAUUUCCUCGUCAAUUGCCCGCCGGAAAGCUCCGGCGGCAUUGUUACCGUCGAUUAUGUCGCCGAAUUGCUCGAGAAAGGCUUCGCGCUCAACACGGUCGGGAAUCGCCUCUUCUACACGGCCGUGCCGCUGCUGCUCUGGAUAUUCGGUCCGGUGGUGGUUUUCCUAUCCGCCGUGACUCUGGUGUCGGUGCUGUACAAUCUCGACUUUGUGUGGACGACGGAGAUGCGAAAAUCUAUGGCGGCGCCGGUCGAGAGUGCCGCCUGUAACCGCAGUGUGGUGGAGGCGGUUUAGGAGAUAUGGAGUUUUCAUUUUUAUUUUUUUUUAAUAAAUGAUCAGAUAUUUAAAUUUUUUA